AUGGCGGACGCUCUGGCUCGUUAUACAUAUCGGAUUAUUGAUCGAGAGAUGCUGCUAAUGAAGAAAGAGGAGACGGCGGCGGACCCGUGCGAGUCCCUGGAGUGCGGGCCGUGGUCGCGCUGCCAGGUGUCUGGGGGCGCCGCGACGUGCCGAUGCCUCUCCUGCCCUCCGCCGCCAGCUCCGGGAUCCAGGUCGGGGUCGGGGUCCCACGUCUGCGGCUCCGACGGUAGGGACUACGGCUCGGAGUGCGAGCUGCACGCCGCCGCCUGCCGUCUGGGCGACACACAGCUGGCAUUGCGCCACCACGGAAAGUGUGAUCCUUGCAGAGGCGUAGUGUGCGCGGAGCCCGGCGCGGUGUGCAGGGCAGGAGUUUGCGCCUGCCGGGACGACUGCCCGCGCGACGCUCCUGCCGAGCGGGUCUGCGGCAGCGACGGGCGCACGUACCGCAGCGAGUGCCGCCUGCACCUCGCGUCGUGCCGCAGACCACGCGGCCGCUCCCCCAUCACCGUGGCCUUCUACGGCGACUGCAGGGCGGCCGACGAAGAGACGGCCGUGGUGGCGCUGACGUCUACGACGGCGUUCUCGGUGUCGCCGACGCCGCUGUCCACCCUGCCCGGAGACUACGACGCGGACGGCGUGCAGAAGGUGUCCAAGUCCACGCGGCACCUGGCACUGGCCGAGGCAGUGGCGGGGGCGGCGGGGGCGGUCAGCCACCAGCAGUACCUGCUGCCGGACGCCGGGGCCGGCCUCACGUCGGCGUCGCUCUACCGGGGGCUCUCCGACCACCCGGACACGGAGUCGCUGUACUCGGCGGUGUACCGGCCGACGCCUGCGACGCUGUCGUCGUUGCUGGGCGGCGCCUGCUCCACGGACGGCGACUGUUCGGUGGCCGACAGCCGCUGCCAGGAAAACACCUGCCGCUGCGGCGCGGACCGCACCCCCUCACACGAUCGCCGACACUGUCUGGUUUAUCAAGUCCCGUCAUUUGAUGGACAGGCUUAUAUCGAGAUGAAACGCCUCAAAGCACACAACAAACUGAAUAUUGAAAUAGAAUUCAUCACGUACGCGAACGACGGACUUCUGCUCUACAACCAGCAGAAAGAGGAUGGGACAGGAGACUUCGUCUCCCUGGCUAUUGUUCAAGGCCACGUGGAGUUCAGGUACAACCUGGGCAAUGGCGCGGUGAGGCUGACGUCAGCAGAGCGCGUCACGCUGGGCAGGGUGCACGUGGCGAGGGCGCGCCGCUACCACCGCGACGGGCUGCUGCGGCUGGACGACGGGCCCGAGGUGGUGGGCCAGAGCCAGGGGCCGCUGCGCGCGCUCAACCUCGAGCUCAGCGCCUACCUCGGCGCCGUGCCCACCAACCACUCCAGGGUGUUUGAGAACGUGGGCACGGCCCGCGGGCUGGUGGGGUGCGUGCGGCGACUGCGGCUGGGCCAGCAGACGGUGGUGCUGGAGGAGGGCGGCGCGCUGGUUCUGCGCUCUAGCGGCGUGCGCCAGUGCGGCCGCAGCCCGUGCGCCCACCUGCCCUGCCAGAACGCCGCCACCUGCUCUCCCACCGGCGACGACACCUUCCACUGCGACUGCCCGCCGCAGUUCACAGGUCCGUACUGUGAGAGCAAAACCAACUCAUGUGCUUGGAGCCCUUGUGUGGCUGGAUCAUGGUGCGAAGUGUCACCUGAAGGAGGUUUUACAUGCAACUGUGGACCGACAAGCAUCAAACUUCCCUGCUAUGACUUUGAUGCCGAAAAUCAGGAAGCAUUUGUGCCAGAAUUUGAUGGGAACUCGUUCAUAGAGCUUCCUAGGCUGGAAGGUGUCGGCAAGGCUUUUGCUAUGGAACUGUGGUUUCUGACAAGAGCGGUGGAUGGUGUGCUCUUGUACAGCGGUCAAAGACUGGAUGGAAAGGGCGAUUAUAUAGCCCUAGUUCUUGUCAGUGGCUACGUGCAGUUCCACUUCGAACUUGGCAGUGGUCCAGGAAAAACAGUUACUACAAACAGAAUAACUCUGAAUCAGUGGCACUCGGUGAAGGUCAGCUACAUGGACCGAGAGGGCACACUGCAGCUUGAUGACGGCCCCACCGCAACGGGUAUGUCUGGAGCGCCAUUAAACGAGCUCAAUCUGGAUCUACCGCUGUACAUAGGAGGCCUGCCGGCCACAAUGUACACCGGCGUGAUCCCGCUGCCCAACUUGGUGGGCGCGGUGCAACGGCUGGUGGUGAACGGGCAGAUCCUGGAGAACCUGGGCGAGGGCGUGGCCUCCGUGUCCAGGUGGUCGGGGCCGCCCUGCACGGCGCACACGUGUCUGCACGGCGGCGCCUGCCAGCCCAGGCUCAACUCCUUCCUCUGCCGCUGCCCGGCGCGCUUCCGGGGACCGCGCUGCCAGUACGUCGAUACUGAAGGAGCUACUGACUCGACACCAGUGAAGUUCACUGGCAACACUUACGUGAAAUUGUCACUCGCUGCAGAUACAAGUAUUAAUGGCUCUAUGAAGCACUUAGUAAACGAGACAUUCGUGUAUAGUGAUAAUCAAGGAGGAAAUGAAAGAAACCUUGAAAUAACUGGAAAUGACAUUUACGAACAUAGCGAUUACUAUGAAGAAGACAAGGAUGACGAUGAGAGUGAUAUAGGUGGCAAUCACUUCAUAGAAGGAGACACCUCAUUUUCUCCUGAGAAACAGGCGGACUUCAAAAAUCUGGCAUAUCGUUCUUUGCCAGUUGGAGAAAUAAACGGGAGAUUUUUUCACUAUGAGGUCACAUUUCACACAAUGGAAGCUAGCGGCCUGCUCUUAUGGAAUGACAGAAAGAUUAGGCACAGAAGUAAUUAUGUGGCUCUUGCAAUUUCUGAUGGGUAUUUGGAACUUAGGUACAGACUUGGUAAAACCAAAUAUUCAGCUUCACUUCAGUCGAAGGUUUAUGUAAGUGAUGGGGGAAUACAUACGGUAGUGGCAGAGAUUCACUGGAAAUACAGUUUUCUCCAAGUGGAUGAUGAACAUCCGAAACAAAAAUUCACUAAAGGCAAUAAUAUUAGACGAUCCUUGGCACAGGAUAUAUGGAUAGGUGGAAUGGGAAGCUUACCAUCAGGACUACCAACGGCAUACUACUCAGGAUUCUUAGGCUGCAUGCACAGGCUCGUUGCACAAAAAGAAUUGAUAGAUCUACAAAGUGGAGAGGCAAGCAAUAUUACACUUUCACAAUGUACUGAGAAUGAAGAGUAACCGGUGCUUUAUGUCGUGCUUGUUUGGA